AGCGCCCCUCCCUCCUCCCUCCCUCCUCCUUCCCCCCUCCGCCGUCUCCUCCCCUCAGCGCCGCACCGCCGGGCGGGGGGAGCAGCGAGCGCCAGGCCCGGCCCUGCCCUGCCCUGCCAUGGCGAGCCGGGCACCGCCGUACCGCGCCGGGGGGCGGCGCUGAGCGGCCCCGGGCCUGGGCCUGGCCCGGCCGCCUCGGGCCUGCGCGCCGCCCUCUCCCUGUGCCCCCCCUGCUAUGAGCCUCGGCCGCCGCUUCCCCCCGAGCAGCUGCAAAUGAAAAUGGAGGAUAUGUCUGUGGCUGGCCUGGAUAACAGCAAGCUGGAGGCCAUCGCGCAUGAGAUCUACGCAGAGCUGGUGGAGGAUGCCUGCCUGGGGCUGUGCUUUGAAGUGCACCGUGCAGUCAAAUGCGGCUACUUCUUCCUGGAUGACACCGACCCCGACAGCAUGAAGGACUUUGAGAUCGUGGACCAGCCGGGGGUGGACAUCUUUGGGCAGGUGUACAACCAAUGGAAGAACAAGGAGUGUGUCUGCCCCAACUGCAGCCGCAGCAUCGCCGCCUCCCGCUUCGCCCCCCACCUGGAGAAGUGCCUGGGGAUGGGGCGCAACAGCAGCCGAAUCGCCAACCGCAGGAUUGCGAGCAGCAACAACAUGAACAAGUCAGAGAGUGACCAGGAGGACAACGACGACAUCAAUGACAACGACUGGUCCUAUGGCUCCGAGAAGAAAGCAAAGAAGAGGAAAUCGGAUAAGAACCCCAACUCGCCCCGCAGGUCCAAGUCCCUGAAACACAAGAAUGGCGAGCUCAGCGGGAACCCCGACCCCUUCAAGUACAGCAACUCGGCAGGAAUCAGCUAUGAGACGCUGGGCCCAGAGGAGCUGCGGACGCUGCUGACCACGCAAUGCGGGGUCAUCUCUGAACACACCAAGAAGAUGUGCACCAGGUCCCUGCGGUGCCCACAGCACACGGAUGAGCAGAGGAGGUCCGUCCGGAUUUACCUCCUUGGUCCUUCAGCGUCCCUGCCUGAGGCUGAGAGCAGCGUGGAGAACGACGGCUUUGACGUGGCUGAGAGCCAGGCCAUCAUGAGCCGGCUGCAGUGGGACGGCGCCUCUGACAUCUCCCCCUCGGAUUCGGCCUCUUCCAAAGCCAGUACCAACAACUCCGAGUCCCGGAAGACCAAGAAGAAGAAGCCCCACCUGGGGUUGGUGAGUGGCACCCCGGGGUUGGGCUCCAGCAAGAAGAAGAAGCCCAAACCCCCCGCCCCCCACACCCCCAGCAUCUACGAUGACAUCAACUGAGCACCACGGGGUGGAUGGACAGACAGACACAGACAGAUGGACGUGGGGUACCCAGGGCUGGAGGAUACAGGACUCAGCCGUUGCUGGGGGGUGGGGUUGCAGUUGGGAGCCCCUGUUUGUGCCCCCACCUCACCCACCGUCCUCCCCAUCCCGGUGCCUCUAUUUAUUCUGUGACGUUUUUGUAUGGGGGGGGUCCCAUAAGUGCCCCCCUCCCCUCCCCUUCACACUGCUCCCCCCAGUCCUGCUACAGUCCCCCCUGCAUUCCCCCCUCCUGAGCACCCCGUAUCAGUGGGGUGGGGGGCAGUGGGUCCAUGGGGGGGGGCACAGAAUUCCUUCUGUUGCUCCGGGCUGGUGCUGUGGGGUCAGGCUCAGGAUGGGGAGUACGGUGGGGAAGGGGGGGGGAUGUUUUCUGUGGGACCUCCCCCUCCUGAAAUCUGCUGUCCCCAGUUGGGGCAAGGGGUGGGGGGCUGUGCAUGCUGUGUGCGUGGGGCAACUGCUUUGUGUCUGGGGAGGGGGCAACUGUGGCUGUACCCCCCCCUACUCCCAGCUGGUCUCUUUUGGAGGGAGGGGAGGACCCUGAUCUGCCAAGGCCACGUGCUGCCCUCUCCUGGAGGGG